UGGAAUGUGGACGCCAUGCGGCCAUGUCGAUAUCUACCCGAACGGUGGCUUAGAAAUGCCCGGUUGUGAUGAUACUCUGUUAGAGUCGAUCUGGAUCGAUGGUCUCGUGAACGGCGUACGAAACUUCGUCGCUUGCAAUCAUCACUUCGCAGUGUAUAUGGCGAUAGACUCCAUCAAUUCCAAGCGACCCGACCUGGGCUAUUUAUGCGGCUCAUGGGAAGAAUUUGUCGACGGUAAAUGUACGAGCUGUGGCGCGGAUGGAGGUGGAUGCGCUCACUACGGAUUCAAGGCAGGUGACUACGCGCUGGGAUCCACGCGCCCUGAACAGACCAUGUUCUGGAUGUACACGCGAGAGAAUGCGCCGUACGGAAAAUAUCAUCACGACUCGAAAAUAGUAAUGCACCAGAGAAGCUCCGACGAGAAGGGAACCAUAUACGUAAACAUGAUAGGUAUGACGGGUCAGAGCGACUUUAUCGAAGUCACAUCAGGCAGUGUGGAUUUGAACUCUGGUGAAACUUACGAGCGCAUGACAGCAGCGGAGCAUGCUCUGGGUGACAUCUUGCGCGUGGAAUUCAAGUGGAUCUACGACUACGAUUGGUACUUUCCGUGGGAUUGGCCUAUCUUCGGAGAUCCAACGAUUGAACUUGACACGUAUCGGUUCUAGCGUUGGAAACGAAAUAUGGACAAGGUUCUGUUCACCCGGAGGCGAUUUGAAGGCCGAGACAACGUACAUAUUUUUUAGCUGCUAACCGGAUGUCGUGCUGCACCGCUGUCUCUGACAGACGUAGAACUCGCUAUACCGGACACGCCAUAAUGAUGAGACCAAGCAACUGAAAUAAACGAUGGAUUUUUGUAAUAAUUAUACUUAUUAUUUUGUAACGCCAUUACAAAAUAGUAAUAACAAUGAUUAUAAUAACAAUAAUAACAAUAAUAAUAAUAAUAAUAAUAAUAAUAAUAAUAAUACAAUCUGUUAGAUAUCAUAUAAAUUAACCGCCACUGCGUAAUUGUUUUUAAAUGUCAUUGAUGUAUCCGUGAUGAAAAUAAAUAUGCCUACU